AUAGGUCAGUGCUGUGUGUGAUGUUUUUUGUGAAGGAUACAAAAAAUGGAAACAAGAACUUGUUGUUUAUGAUAUUAAUGAACAAAUGCUUGUUAUUUAUACUAAUGAAAAGAGACUAAGACCAAGUUUUAGAAUGUCAUUAAAUGAUGGAAUUUUUGUUAAAUUGUUGAACGGAAGAACUAUUGAAGAUAAAAAGAUUGAAUAUGGAUUUGUUCUUAUUGACAAAAGAGAUCAUUCAUUUGUUCGAAUUGUUUUUAAUAAUUCAAAAACACAUGCACAAUUUUAUAUUCCAAUUGCAAGAGAAUGUGAAUGCUUUGGUUGUUUUGGUAUUCCAUUAGAUAUUGCUGUUCAACGAGGAGAAUGGAAAGUUCCAUUACCAAUAUAUAGGGCUAUUCAGUACUUACUUGAAGGGGAUAAUCUUCAAACUGAUGGACUAUUUAGAGUGAGUGCUGCAGGAAGUUUAUUAAGUCAAACAAGAAAUAGAUUGGAUAAAGGAAAAGAUAUUGAUCCAUCUGAAUUUUGUGAUGCAAAUGUUGCAGCUGGUAUUAUUAAAUUGUAUUUACGAUCAUUACCAGAUUCAUUAAUUCCUAUAGAAUUUUCUGAUAAAUUUAUGAAUAUUGUUCGUUUAGAAGAUCCUCAACAACAAAUAGAACAAAUAAAAGAAUUUAUCAAAACACUUCCAGAACCAAAUUUGUUUGUUUUUAAAUAUUUAUUCAUGUUUUUAACAAAAGUUAUGGCGGAAUCCAAAAUUAAUAAGAUGGUUGCAAGUAAUAUUGCUAUUGUUUUUUCACCAAAUUUAUUAUUCUAUGAAGAUAGUCAAGAUGGAUUAAUGUUAUCAAAAAAUGUUAAUGAUUUAAUUGCUAAAAUAGUAGAACAUUAUAAUGAAAUUUGUGGAACAAUGGAAGAAUUUCCAGGAGAUUUUCCUAAAUUUAAUCCUCAAAAAGAACAAGUAGAUCAUGAAGACUUUAUUAUUAAAAAGAAAAAUUUGAUUUUAAGAAAGUCUGUUCUUUUUACUGAUAUUGGAAAAAAAGUUGGAUUAAAGAAAGAAACUGCUGAAGAGAAAAAAGCCAAAGAAGAAGAAAUAGAAAAAGAAAAAACAAAAGAAGAAAUGGAAAAGAAAGAACGAGAAAGAUUAACAAAGUCAAGUAAUAAUUUAAAUGUACCUGAAUCAUCUUCAUCAAAUGCCAGUCUUGAAAAAGAUGAUAAAAGUGAUGACUCUUCUAAAUCUAUUCAAACUCCUCGUGGUGGAUUAUUUGAUUCUAUUGUGAAUUUUCCUAAAAACCAUUUAAGACCAACUCCUAAAGAAGAUAAAGAAGAAAGAAAACAAGGUAAAGAAGGUAAAAAAGAAGUAUUAAUGAAAAGAAAAUCAAUCAAACAAAAAAGUGAUCCAAUGGAAAUAUUAAAUAUGAGAGUUGGAAUUAUUGAAAGUCAAAUCCAAGCUAUCUUCCAAAUGAUGAUUGAAAUGAAUAAAACAAUUGAUGCUAUUGCUAUUAAAAAUGGUAUUACACCAAUUCAUGAACAAGUUGAAAAAGUUCCACAACCAUUAGACUCAUUUAUUUCUUCAGAGUCAUGUAUCUCUGAUCAUUCAUCAUGUGUUUCUGAUAGUAAAAGUCAUAACUCUUCAAAAAUAUCAGAAAUGUCAAUUGAUGUUGUUGCUUCAGAACCAGUCACACCUAGUAUAAGCACUCCUCGAGUAGUUGAAAAUCAGUCGUGUAAAGAGUCUUCAGCCGAAGAAAAAAUUCCAAAAAGAAAAGUAACAAAACAAGAUGAGUCAAAGAAAAAACGUCUGUCAAGAGUAUUUGGUUCAAAGUAA